AUGAUGAGGGAGUCCAAUAGAAGAAGACGCAGAGGCUUUUCUGUGUAUCUUCGCCAAAUUGUCUCGGCAGUUCCGAAACGACGAUGGUUCAAUGAGGCUGGCUUCAAUAUCGACCUGACUCGAUUUCCCGAUAAGCGAUUCGUCGUCAUGGCCUGGCCAAGCGACUCGAUAAGUUUCAAGGACCCCAAGCGAUCCAAGCUUGUUCGAAAUGACGCUGAAGAAGUAAAACAUUGUUUGAGAGAAUUCUUUCCAAAAGGAUUCAAAAUCUACAAUCUUUGCUGCGAAUCCCAGAGCUUCCGCGGCCAAGAUUUAGAUGUUGCUCAAUAUGGAUGGCUUGAUCACGAACCACCACCAUUUGGUCUCUUCGUUCGGCUGUUAGCUGAUAUCGAUGAGUACCUGGAGCAGAAUCCUGAAAAUGGUGUCGCUAUUCACUGCAAGGCCGGAAAAGGUCGUACUGGCACGACAGCAGCAGCAUAUUUGCUAAAAGACCUAAAUUCGGCGGACAGGGCGCUGGCAGAAUUCGGCUCCCGUCGGUUCGGACGAGAAGAUGAUGGCGUCACCAUCCCCAGUCAGAAGCGCUACGUCAAGUACUAUGAAAAGUUCACCACUUCCGGCGAGAAAUAUCAGCCAGCGACGAAUACCAUUCGCGGGCUGAGAGUCACUCUAGCUGCGAAUCUGACGAAUGACUGCAAGGAGAAACUGAGCAAAUCGCUCUUCAAGAUCUCUGGAAGGAAAUACAGCACAGAAGAACGAGAGAAGCUGAAAAGCCUGGAUAUCGUGUUGAAGAGUGAAGUGAAGGGAAUAGCAAUCGACGAACGAACAGUUGAGCUCCCUCUCAACGAUGUUGAGCUCUCAGGAGACUUCAAGCUGACGGUCGUCCAGAAGGAGAGUACUGCUGUCUUCAAGAGCGAGCGCACUAUUUGCUCAUUCUGGAACGAGUUUUUAUUGAUGAAAUAUGUGGUGUUCUCGCCUGUGGAGGCAGAAAAUACUGGCCUAAAUUGCCUCAAUGACUCAUGA